CAGGCACGACCCUUGUCAACGCGCGAGCGUGUUGAGGAGGCGUCGCCGUGCGUGCAAGCGCUCGAUAAGGAGCAGAUCAAGCUUGGAAGCAAGUACUUCACGUUUGAUAUGGUGUACGAUGCCGACUCACAGCAAGAAAUCAUCUAUGAUGAAUGUGUACGAGAGCUUGUCCGAGGAUGUCUCAAGGGUUACAAUGCCACUGUUCUUGCAUACGGCCAGACAGGAUCUGGAAAGACCUACACCAUGGGCAGCACUAGCAUUGACGCCAUGCUUGAAGACGAACAAGGAAUCAUUCCAAGAGCAAUCCGACAGCUCUUUGACGACAUAAAAGAACAGAAGGUAAAACAGCCUGACGUUCAGUACAAGAUCCACGUUUCUUUCCUGGAGAUUUACAACGAAGAGAUCAAGGACCUGUUGGACAACCAGCCUCACCUCCACGGGAAACACAAGAACAUCUCGCUGCGUGAAGGGCCCAACGGCAGCAUCGUGGUGACUGGGGUGACCGAAGAGCCUGUCGAGACCUGCGACGAGAUGUUCCACUGCCUCGAGCGGGGGACAGUGUGCAGGAGCGUGGGGAGCACCUCGAUGAACUCCGUCUCCUCCCGCUCGCAUGCUAUCUUCACGGUCACCAUCGAGCAGAGCACUGACAUGCAGUUUUCCGGCUCGGAGUCGGAGGGCGGGCAGGAGCCGCACGGCCCGUCGAGCAUCACGAGCAAGUUCCACUUCGUAGACCUGGCAGGGUCUGAGCGGGCGAAGAGGACGCAGGCGGCAGGAGAGCGCUUGAAGGAGGGCAUCAACAUCAACUACGGGCUGCUGGUGCUCGGGAACGUGAUCAGCGCGUUGGGCGACGAGAGCAGGAAGGGGUCGCACGUGCCGUACAGGGACUCGAAGCUGACCCGCAUGCUGCAAGACUCCAUCGGAGGGAACAGCCGGACGUUGAUGAUCGCCUGCAUCAGCCCGGCCGACAGCAACUUCGCCGAGAGCUACAACACGUUGGUGUACGCCAAUAGAGCGAGGAACAUCAAGAACAAGCCCGUGGUGAACAGAGAC